CUACCAAAGGAGGGGGGUGCGGUGGGGGCGCUGCGUGAUGGGAAAGUCGCCGCUGAGCCUCACACUUUCUCCCGGUGUUUUAACUUUCGGAGCCGGGGAGCAGGAAUAAAGCCGCGGCGCCGGGACGGAGAAGCCGGGCGUGCUAGCAGCGGCUGCGUGCUUACAGACUUCCCGCCAGCGCCGAGCGGCCAGCCCGGGGGCCAAGUGGGGAGCGGGCGGGCGGGCAGGUGGCCCUGGGCCGCCGCGCCCGCGCCUUGGCUCUGCCCCCGGGAGCGGAGCGAGCCGCGGCUCCCUCGUGGUGUGAGGGCGGUGAUGUUUUUCCUCCCACCCACUUUUGAGUCCCCCCUCCCCCCUCGCGCGCACUCUAACUCUCGCCACAACCUGCGAGCCCCAGACCUCGGAGGAGCGCCCCGGGGAGCUCGGAGCGCGUGCACGCGUGGCAGACGGAGGAGGCCAGUGCCCAGCUUGAGUACACCGGGCCUGGAAGGUUCUGAACUGAGUUUUACAGUGCUCCAAACAAGAAAAAAGUGGAAAAUGGGAGGCAUGAAAUAUAUGAUUUCCUUGUUCUUGUUCUUUCUAUUCCUAGAAGGAAGCAAAACAGAGCAAGUCAAACAUUCAGAGACAUAUUGUGUGUUUCAAGACAAAAAGUACAGAGUGGGUGAGAGAUGGCAUCCUUACCUGGAACCUUAUGGGUUGGUUUACUGCGUCAAUUGCAUCUGCUCAGAGAAUGGGAAUGUGCUUUGCAGCCGAGUUAGAUGUCCAAACCUCCAUUGCCUCUCUCCUGUGCAUAUUCCUCAUCUGUGCUGUCCUCGCUGCCCAGAAGACUCUUUGCCCUCUGUGAACAAUAAGGUGACCAGCAAGUCGUGUGAGUACAAUGGUACCACUUACCAACAUGGAGAGCUAUUCGUGGCUGAAGGGCUCUUUCAGAACCGGCAACCUAAUCAAUGCACCCAAUGCAGCUGUUCGGAGGGGAAUGUAUAUUGUGGUCUCAAGACUUGCCCCAAACUAACCUGUGCAUUCCCAGUCUCUGUUCCAGAUUCUUGCUGCCGGGUGUGCAGAGGAGAUGGAGAAUUGUCGUGGGAACAUUCUGAUGGUGAUAUCUUCCGGCAACCUGCCAACAGAGAAGCAAGACAUUCUUAUCACCGUUCUCACUAUGAUCCUCCACCAAGUCGACAAGCCGGAGGUCUGCCCCGCUUUCCAGGGGCCAGAAGCCACCGGGGAGCUCUUAUGGAUUCCCAGCAAGCGUCAGGGACCAUUGUGCAGAUUGUCAUCAACAACAAACACAAGCAUGGACAAGUGUGUGUUUCCAAUGGAAAGACUUACUCCCAUGGCGAAUCCUGGCACCCAAACCUUCGGGCAUUUGGCAUUGUGGAGUGUGUGCUUUGCACUUGUAAUGUCACCAAGCAAGAGUGUAAGAAAAUCCACUGCCCCAGUCGAUACCCCUGCAAGUAUCCUCAGAAAAUAGAUGGAAAGUGCUGCAAGGUGUGUCCAGGUAAAAAGGCAAAAGAUUCCCCCAGUCUAGUACAUUCAGCUCUUGGAGAGGAGAGAGUGGUGGUGCAGCAUGAUUCUUCAGGAUACUGGGAGAACUUUGAGCAUAUUACAGAAGAACUUCCAGGCCAAGGCUUUGACAGCAAAGGCUACUUUUGUGGAGAAGAAACGAUGCCUGUAUAUGAGUCUGUGUUCAUGGAGGAUGGGGAGACUACUAGAAAAAUUGCACUGGAGACUGAGAGACCACCUCAGGUAGAAGUCCACGUUUGGACCAUUCGAAAGGGCAUCCUCCAGCACUUCCAUAUUGAGAAGAUCUCCAAGAGAAUGUUUGAGGAGCUCCACCACUUCAAGUUGGUGACCAGGACAACCCUGAGUCAGUGGAAGAUAUUCACUGAAGGAGAAGCUCAAAUCAGCCAGAUGUGUUCAAGCCGUGUAUGCAGAACAGAGCUUGAAGAUUUGGUCAAGGUUUUGUACCUGGAGAGAUCUGAAAAGGGCCACUGUUAGGCAAGACAGACAGUAUUGGAUAGGGUAAAGCAAGAAAACUCAAGCUGCAGCUGGACUGCAGGUUUAUUUUGCUUAAGUCAACAGUGCCCUAAAACCCCAAAUUCAAAUGCAGUCAAUUAUUCACGCCAUGCACAGCAUAACAUGUUCCUUUAUGUGAAGUGGUGUGUCAGCUCUUAAACAUCUCCUCCAAGGAGACUGGACAAGUCUCGAAUGAUUUGUGGGAGGAGGAGGAGGGACGAAACACCACAACACGGCUCUGAUUUCUUGGAGAAUCACAUUUCUUUACAGGUUCAAGAGCAAACAAACCCCAGGGUUUCUAUCCAGAAACUUAUUCAAAUGAAAGAAAGAGGAGGGAAUUGCUGAGGAGUUCUGGAGUACAGAGCGAUUAUUUGUACGAAAUUAUACUCUUUCAAUUCUAGAAUGCCUCGUGUUCUUUAAAAAAGCUAAUUCCCUGUUCACACAUGUACACACAUACAUGUGCACACACACAUGUAUGCACACCUACACACACAUUAAACUACAGCCUCCAUUCAGAACUAAGCCAGCAUAGGGUGUAGCUGUAUACUUCUUUCCUUUGCCUCACUCCCAGCUAACUUGGAAGUUGUUGGUGACCAGCAGAAUACAUUUAAAAAUGUAAUCAGAAGCUGUUUGUGGCUGUUGAAGUCACGAACUAUAGUAGCAUGGUGAAGAUUAAGAACACUAUUUCCUGUCCCCACCUACUUUGAAGUGGAAACUAACUUUCCCCUAAUGAUACCAACUCUCCCUUCUCCCUGAACCUGUGGGGCCUCUGUAAAUAAAUGAGAAUUGAAUACAAUUCUCAGAAACUGAAUUCAUAGAAGACAAAGAAAUUGUUGAAGAAAGGAGUUGAUAAAAGUCAAAAGGCCAUCUUUUUGUUUUCAUAUCAAUAAAACUGACCAAUUAAUAGAUCAGUACUCACUAAUUUUCUUAAGGCAUCAUUUGUGUAGCCAGGACAUUUAGAUUAAAGUGUGGAAGCUCCUUUUAAAAGGACAACUUUCCUUCUUCUCCACUUGCAAGGGCUGAUUUUUACCUUGCAAGGUGGCUUAGUCUUCCUGAGCUUCUGUCUGUGGGUUCUGAGAAUAAGAGAGUCAUUGCUCGCUUAAAGAGCUGGACACUGAGAGGGAGAAAUAUAAAAGGUCCAGUCUUUACGGCCAUAGGGCAUAAAGGAGUCAGUUGUCACAAAGGAGACACGGGGUCUGUGGCCAGGACUACAUGGAACAAAGCUCUCACCAGUGCAUUGCACACACACAUUCUCUUCAGGAGAGGGAGAUGGCAGACCUUGGGGUGAAGGGCCUCAGAGCUUUAGUGUGCGUGUGUGUGAUGGGGUGGGGUGGUUAGGCAGCUGCUGCCUCCCCUGGCCUCCCCUCCCCUAAGGUGGCAGGGUUUCCCUAGUGUGGAGACCAGUAAUCAGAUCCCGGUGUAGAGGUGGUUCCCCUUCCCACCCAGGUGUUCUCAGAAAGCUCAGCCUUAAGGGAACACCCAGAGAGCUUCCUUAGAUAAACUCCUCAGUCCAGGUGCUGAGACACACCUUCCCCAAGUGCUGUGGGGAGCAGGAGCUGGGGAGCUGUGUUAGCCGACAUAGAAACCCUCCAGUGUUUGGUUUUGUGUAGAGAGUAGGACAUAGGGAGAAAGAGGUCAAGCUGUCUGUAGUUAGUAGAGAAGAAUGGAUGUGGUUCUUCUUGUGUAUUUAUUUGUAUCAUAAACACUUGGAACAACAAAGCCCAUAAACACCAUUUAGCAGUUGUAGCCAUUUUCUAGUUAGUUCAUAUAAACAAGUAAGGGUAACAUAACAGUAUUACCCUUUCACCCUUCUCACAGGACAUGUACCUAAAUAUGGUACUUUAUUUAUGUAGUCACUGCAUUGCUGGAUUUUUAAAUUAAUAAAAAGUUAAUUUUGAAAAAUCA